CCUACGUAUCCUCAUUGCUCCGCCUACCUUUCCAGUGGGGAUUUUUUCAUUGCAUCCAUUUUUGUGUAUUUAAGAAAUCUCCAAGAAUUAACAACCUGGAGGAAACCGAGAAGCACAGUGAGGAGGGAGGCCACAAAAGAAAACAAACACGAAAGGACUCGACGCCUUUAUUUCAGCAUGCGAAGAGGCUCUCUCUAAAAGAUGACAGCGAUGGGCUAGACAGGAUUUAACAUGAUUGCAAAAUAAAAAGCAAUUGUGUCUAAAGAUGUCUGCUCCACUCGGGACCCGGGGCGGCACGUCCGCUCCUCCUGCGGCCGCUGCCCUACCGGAGAUGCCGGACCUGAGCCACCUCACCGAGGAGGAAAGGAAGAUCAUCCUCGGUGUCAUGGACCGGCAGAAAAAGGAAGAGGAGAAAGAGCAGUCAAUGCUCAAGGUCAAAGAAGAGCCAAAGCCCCAGCCGGCGCAGUGGUUUCCCUUUAGCGGGAUCACCGACCUGGUUAAUAACGUUCUCCAACCCCAGCAAAAGUCCCCAAAUGAGAAGGAGCCUGAACCGAAGUUGCACCAGCAGUUUGAGAUGUACAAGGACCAGGUGAAGAAGAUGGGCGAGGAGACGCCGGCCACGCAGGAGCUGAAGCCGGACGCGCCCACCUGCGGCAUCUGCCACAAAACCAAGUUUGCCCACGGCUGCGGCCACCUCUGUUCCUAUUGCCAAACCAAGUUCUGCGCGCGCUGUGGAGGACGGGUGUCCCUGCGCUCCAACAAGGAGGACAAAGUGGUGAUGUGGGUAUGCAACCUGUGCCGAAAACAACAAGAAAUCCUCACCAAGUCCGGCGCGUGGUUCUACAGCGGCCCGGGGGCCACCCUGCCGGCCGGGUUGGGCGGCGGUGAGGGCGCGCGGGGUCUGGCACGAGGCCGUCGGCACGAGGAGGCUCCGCAGGAGAAGAAAGCCAAACUGCAGGAGGCACCGCUCCACUACCAGGGGCCGCCCGGCCUCCCACGCCAGCGCUCCCUCGGAGAAGUGCCCAGCGACAGGAAGAGAAGUCCGUCUGCAUCCAGGGAUCCAAACCAAAAAUACGACCAAAGGGACGAGAGGGGCGAUCGCUCCCAGUAUGCGCCAGGCCAGUUCGGCGGCAUGCCCAGAUCGCCGUCCGACUACGGGGAUGGGGAGCGCCGGCACGGCGGCGGCGGGGGGGGUCCGGGGGGCUACGGGCGACCUCACGGCGGGGCCGAGGCGGCGCGGGGCGCGUACCGGGCCCGGCGGGGCGGCUGGCGCUCGCAGGAGGACUAUUAUCCGCCCGACGACGAGCUGCUGCAUCCGCCGCCGCCGCCGCCGCAGAGCGAGUACGAGCUGCGGCGGCAGCAGGAGGAGGAGCUGCAGACGCGCUACCGCAGCGACCCCAACCUGGCGCGCUACCCGGUCAAGCCGCAGCCCGGCGCCACAGCGACGUCUCGCUGGCCUACACCGAGCUGGACGAGCCGCUGA